AUGUUUGCAGACUUUCGCUAUCGUCAACCUGCUGUAUCGAAAGAGGACACCCCCUGCGACAAGGCCGCCCAACCCCCCACUAGCAAGCGAGAACAGCCAGAGAGCAGAGAUAAGGAACAAGCCAAAAAGAUCAGGGAAGCGAGCACUGCGCUUGCUGCCCGCUUCGUCGCGCAAAUGAAACCGUACCGAUCCGGCACCCUAGGUUCUGUCCAGGGACAGCAACCUCUGAUCCCGAGGACUCCGUCGCUUACGGAGCUCAAGCAGGCGCAGCAAGAAAAGGAAGACUUGAGAUCGCGAUUCGAGCUGCUCAACCUAAAGUCGCCGCGCUUUUCGCUCACGUCCUUUUCUCCGUCGUCGCUAAAACAACCGGCGCCCGUACAACACUCAUGGCUGCGCGACCCGACGCCACCGGCGACUCCCGAUCCUGAAGAGGCAGGACGCCGAGGCGGCAAUGGCAUGUUUCCGAUUCCACCGGGCGGAAAGAAUAGAAGAAACGGAGACGGGAGGAUAUUUGGGCUGCAAAAACGGUGGUUCUGGGGUCUUUUGGCCGUUGCGGCAGUUGUCAUACUGGGAAUCGUGAUCGGCGUGGCAGUCGGUGUAAGCCAAGCGAAAGCAAACAGCACAUCACAUACUUCGACGUCAGGCGGCGUAGGGAACAGCACGGAUAGUUCUGCUUCAUCGGCAGUAGCCACUGCUACAACACAAACGGGGACGACCGGGACGACGACGACAUCCACAUCUGCCACAGCGACCUCGACAGGAGGCGUCGAUUGUCCGGCCGGUAAUGGAACAACAUACACUGUGCCGGGGUCGACUGUCCAGUUCCUUCACCUCUGCGGAAUAGACUAUAGCGGGGACGACGAGGCCACCGAUCUGGGGAGCGUACAAACAAACAGCAUGGCGGAUUGUAUGGACAACUGCGCAGGCACCAGCGGGUGCACCGGGUGCGGAUGGGGCUACGUCGAUGGGGACUCCCUAUUCGAGCACACUUGUUGGCUCAAAAGCGGCCUCAAACAGUCACAUACAGCCGAUUCGGGAUGGGCAUUUGCAAUAAUAAUAUGA